AUGAGUAGUGAAGCUCCACAAACAACGACAAUAGCCUGGAAGCCGAAUGUAGCAGACGCCGAUUUCGAUCGAACGUGGAGGAUUGCAGUGCUGCUCGUCAUCAUGGUCAUCGGCGUUCUGGGAGGAUGCAUGGUUUGCAUCUGGCUUCGAUUCAAUUGGUCGAGAAAGUCACGUGUUUUCCACGUCAUAUACAACGUCACACUCUCUGACCUCCUGGUCAUGUUUGUCGCCUGUUUCAUGCAAGUUGGUUUACGUCAAUAUUUGGAGUGGCUGUUGGGGAACAUUUGUUGCAAGUUGCUGAAAAUGUUGCAGGCAUUCACGCUGGUCACCAGCAACUUCAUGGUUGUCGUCCUCAGUUUGGAUCGCCUUCAGGCUGUCGUCUAUCCUCUGAAGCCGAAAAUUUCUGCUAAAAAGUUAACAAACAUCGGUUGGUUGUUGGGCUUCCUAGUUAGCACACCCCAGUGUCUGGUCUUUCACGAGGCCCGCAUCAAUGUCACCAGUCCCUUCUUCAACAAAACAGUUUGUGAGUCAGUUUUUAGACACACGCCCAUCAUCUACAGGCAGAUGUACAUUACCAUCAUCGGCAUUCUAACUUUCUACAUUCCAUUUUUUAUUAUACUAGUCAGUUACAUCGUCAUCUAUGUCGAAAUCUUCUGGCCAACGGCGUCAGCAACUGUCGGCAACUGCAGCACAAAGAACGUGCAGAAGAUUUCUGUUUGCAACAAAAGUGGGUACGCGUCGUUCGAGAGGGCCAAAAUUAAAACCAUCAAGAUGGCGAUCGUCAUCAGUUCCUGCUUCCUCCUCUGUGUAUCACCCUACCACAUCAUCGAGACGUACAUGUCUUUCAGCGACCACACACACCUCUCCAAAACUUUCUACUCCAUCGUCGGCGCGUUCGCAGUGCUCAACUCAGCGAUCAACCCUUACGUCUUCUUGUUCUUCAACGUCGGUGGGGACAACGAUCACUUGUGUAACUGCUUUCAAAAGAAGGAUGAGUCUGCGAAGUUGAAGAGGCAGAGUUCUGGUGGGAGGUUGCAGAGAAGUCCCGACGUCCUGACCAGGUCCUGCUUGAAGGUCAAGAAGUGCAGCGAUGCAUCGGCCAAGGUCGUCACGCUGGUACCCAGUAUCGAAAACUGGUGA